AUGCCGGACGGCCGUCAGGACGUAGCUCCCCAAAUCUUUACCUCCCCAUCGUUUCCCCAACUUCCAAGCUUCUCGCAAUCCGAUUUCUCAGCCCGGCCUCGUCCUCCACCCCCGCCAUGGCCACUCGCCGCGCCGUUCCCCCCGCGCCCUCUUCCGCCCACACCUCCCAACGCCCCUCCUCCGAACCGCGCGCUUUUCCUCCACGAAACCUCCCCCUCCUCUUCCACCCGCGCCUCCAAGAUCAUCGACAAGCUCCCGCCCUUUCUCCAAAAAUACGCCACCGGUCUCCGCGGCGCGCCCGUCUCCCAUGUCGUCGCCUUCCUCGUCCUCCACGAAAUCACCGCCAUCGUGCCGCUGCUCGGCCUUUUCGGGCUCUUCCACUAUACGCAAUAUGCCCCCGCCGCCUACAUCACGGAUCAUUGGGGUUCGUACGUGAGCGAUGGGGUCGCCCGGUUCGAGCGAUACUUUAAGAGGAAGGGCUGGUUUGGUUUCGGCGACGAGGCCACCUCGCCUGCGGACAGUCACUCAGGGGAGCUACGAAUGGGGAUGCCACGUCGACGGAGGACAAGGCGGACACCAAAGCUCUUAUCUUGA